CAAAGCAUAAGUGGAAAGCAUAGCUCCUUAUUCGUGGACACUGCGAAAGCUGCACUGCACAGCUAUUGCCCGCAACUCAUAUAUAUACUCCAUAUUCAGACUCUCAUUUAUGUUCAUAGGCCCAAAUCCAACAACUGAUGCUCUUCCAAUGGCGGUAAAAGCAAUUAUAGCAUCCGAAGCCAUAACUGGCUUAUGUAUUUGAUCUGACUGUUCUCAUUUUCUUUCGGGUGCACACCAAGUGUUUGAUGUUUUGACUGCGUGACACUCCUGCUAGUAUUCAUGGCAAUGCGUUAUGCUCAACUCCCUCGCUUGUUUAGCAACAUCAACUACUUUAACCAGCAGACUCGCUAUUACGCCCGAGACCCAUUUCCGAAUAAGGUCUCACACUACCUAUACCGUGCCAAACUCAUUGAUUCUAUCCGGCUAGCUCUCCGGUCUAACCCUUCGAAGAACUCGCUUGAACCACUCUUAAGUGAUCGUGUUCUUGACUCUUUUGUUGUUACUCACGCCCUCAGGUCUGCUCCUUCGGCUGACUCUGCUCUGUCCUUCAUUGACUCUCUCGAGAGGCUUCAACAGUUUUCACAUAACCAGAAUACGUUGCAUUCAUUGGCUACAGUCUUGGCCAAGUCCCGCAGAAGUGUGGAACUCAAGUCUUUGAUAAACUCUAUUAAAGAUGGAAACUUUGGUUAUGUACGUAUAAGUUUUAUGAAUCUUAUGCAAUGGUAUGCUGCUGUUGGAGAUUUGGAGUCUGUCCUUCAGGUUUGGGAUGAGUAUAGAGUUUCUAAUGAUAAAGUGUGUACAGAGUCCUAUAACAUUGUUAUGCGGCUCUAUGCUCAAAUGGGUGAUGACUCUGAAGCUGUGAAGGUUUUCUAUAGGUUGGUUGAUGAAGGGGCCAUUCCUAAUUGUAGAACAUACACUAUCAUGAUUGAGCAUCUUGUGAAUUCUGGGAUGUUGUGUUCAGCAAUGGAGGUUUUCAAGGUGUUGCCUUUGAUGAGGAUCAAACGUACUUUGAACCAGUAUUCACUUUUGGCAGAAGGGUUUACUGGUGUCAAACAAUUUGAUAAGGUAAAGACUUUACUUGAGGAAAUGCAGGUUGAUGGAAUAUUACCUGGUCGAGCUAUGAAUUUGUCGUUAGAACGCAUGAAAGAGGCGGGUUUUGUCGAGGAGACUGAGAAAUUUCUUAAGGAAAUGCUUCCGAACAAGCAAAUCAAGAAUAUCGAGUGUUGUGUGGAGAGUAGUGAUGAGGAUGAGGACGAUGGAAGUGAGGACUCUAGUCUUGUUGUUGGGGGUGAUAGUGUUGAGGUUCAGUUAAAGCCUUGGAUAGAUCCCAGAGCUUUGGCUAGUGCCUUACAAAAAUGGAACCCUGAGGAGGUAAAGGCUUUAGAGGAAGCGAAAUUUGUGUGGACAAGUAGAUUAUUUUGCAAGAUUCUUAGGAAUAUCAAUUCACCAGAGACGGCUUGGAAAUUCUUCUGUUGGGUUGCUUGUCAACCGGGAUUUACUCAUGAUAUUUACACAGUACAAAGGACAAUGACCCUUUUAGCUCGCCAUGGAUGUGCUGAAUUGGUUGAUAAACUUAUAUUUAAAAUAAGGAAGGAAGGUAUGAGACUACCCUUCUGUACAAUCAGAUUAAUCAUUGACUUUUACGGCAUCUCGAAGAAUGCUGAUGCUGCUUUGAAGGUCUUUCAUGAUCAUAGAGAUUUAUGUGGAACCAUAUCAAAGUUCAACAUGUUGCUUUUAUAUUCAUCUCUCUUGCGGACAUUGACUAAAUGUAGGAGGAAUUCUGAUGCGUUGGAUGUACUGGAGGAGAUGAUCUUGCAAGAGAUUUGUCCCGAUAUUCAGACAUUCUCUGGGUUGAUGCAUCACUUUGCAGUACAUGGUGAUAUCAAAACAGUACAGAAACUUUUUCAGAUGGUUAAGCAGAGUGGAAUUAAGCCAGACGCUUAUAUGUUCAAAGUACUAAUCCAAGCUUAUUGCAAGUGUGAAAGAGCUGCUCUCGCUUGGAGAGUUUUCGAAGACAUGAGAAACUUAAAUUUGACCCCAGACUUUCCCACAAAGGAGCUGCUUGUACAGAGCCUUUGGAAAGAAGGCAAGCGAAGAGAGGCUGCCGCUGUAGAAGAGAAUUGUGAGGAAAUAAGUGAUGUCCUUCCACUUAGAUUGCGUGGUCACAUUUGGACGGUGAGCUCUGCUGAUUUCACUAGAGUUUUUGACAUUUACUCCAAAAGCUUUGCAUAAACAAUGAUUGACAUGGUAACAAACGUAUUUUAAGGUUCUUAUAUAUUAUAAUUUUAUGUGUUAUUAUCUAUUGAAGCAGAAGAUUGAUAAUGGAAGAUACAUGUCGAAGUUGUCACUC